GCCCAUAACCCGAAUCUCCUUAUAAAUAUGGCCAUGCCCGUGAUGAGCCCUCGACACCCAAAACCUGCGCACCUUGUGCACCAGAGCAAUGGCCCCUCUAUCCUACGCCAUUCUCUUCCUUAUCUCCCUCAUCUUCAUCUACCUAGCUCGAAUCUUCUUCUCUAAGUCCCGAGCUCAGAAUCGCCACCUCCCACCAGGUCCGCUAGCCCUACCGAUCAUCGGGCAUAUGCACAUCUUCGGUUCCAGCCCCCACCAUACCCUCUACAACCUUGCCAGACGUUAUGGUCCGAUCAUAAGCCUACGGCUCGGAUCAGUCCCUCACAUCGUCGUCUCCUCCCCGGAAGCUGCGAGGGAAUUCCUCCGGACCCACGAGCUCGCCUUCGCUUCCCGGCCACAGUCUAUUGCGAUCCGAUACCUCGGAUACGGAGGACACGGGUUCGCAUUCGCACCUUACGGGCCUUACUGGAAGUUCAUGAGGAAGCUCUGCAUGUCGGCGGUCCUAAGUGGCCGGAGCCUUGGGAACUUCCUGCCCAUAAAGCAGGAAGAGAUACAAGGGUUCUUGCAAUUACUGUCGAGAGCUUCGGCCAAAGGAAAGGCGGUGAAUGUUGGCGAGGAGCUUAAGCUGAUGGUGGGUGACGUGAUAUCGAGGAUGUCGAUGAGACGUCGGUGUUCUGGAACGGAAAGCAAGGCGGAUGAAAUCCGGACGUUGGUCGACGAUGUGUCAAAGCUGCUUAUGGAAUUCAACGUUGCGGAUUACAUCGGGUUCUGCCGGAAUAUGGAUUUUCUGGGGCUGGGGACGAGAUUGAAGGUGACCCACCAGAGGUUUGAUGAGAUAAUGGAGGAGAUUGUCAGAGAACAUGAAGAAAAGAAGGAGAAGGGGAGAGAUGAUUAUGUGAAAGAUCUGAUGGAUAUCUUGCUUGAGAUAUCCGAAGAUGAGGGUGCGGACAUGAAGCUAACGAGAGAACACAUCAAGGCUUUUAUUCGGGAUAUAUUUACCGCAGGAACUGCUACAACAGCCCUUGGGAUGGAAUGGACCUUGGCAGAGCUCAUCAACAAUCCAAGGGUUUUAAAGAAAGCAAGGGAGGAGAUCGAUUCAGUUGUUGGAAAGCAUAGGUUGGUCCAAGAAUCUGACAUCCUCAAUCUCCCUUACAUGCAAGCAAUCGUCAAAGAAACACUUCGAUUGCAUCCAACGGACCCGAUUAUCAUUAGAGAAUCGAUCCAGGAUUGCAAGAUCAAUGGCUACGACAUCCCUGCUAAAUCGGGGGUCUUCAUCAACAUCUGGGCCGUUGGAAGGGACCCCAACCACUGGGAAAACCCUCUCGAAUUCCAUCCAGAGAGGUUCAUCGAUGAAAACGGACGGACCCAAAUAGACCUCAGGGGCCAACAUUACCAUUUCCUACCGUUUGGGAGUGGCAGGAGGGGGUGCCCAGGUACAACACUGGCUCUACAACUCAUCGAGACCACGAUCGCUGCAAUGGUCCAGUGCUUUGAUUUGAAGAUUGACGGCAAUGGCAAAGAGGGUGGGGUGGUUGACAUGACGGAGGCGCCCGGACUGACCCUCUAUCGGGCACAGCCAUUGAUUUCUCUUCCCGUGGCCCGCCUUGAUCCAUUGCCGCUGGUCGAAUAAUGAACGGUGA